AUGAGCUGUCCUUACCCGCCUUCACUUUCAUCAGAGUGUGAUGUCUUUGAGUUUAAUCAGUCUCCUUCAGAUAUUACCGGCCCGGAUUUUGAAAAUUUUCUUCAGCAAAUACUACACCCUAUUUAUUCUCCAAAUUACGUAAAGAGUGCGACGGUCCUCUAUCCCUACCAAGAGAAUCCUUGCAUUGAUUCUUUUAGAGAGAAUCUUUUUAAUUCUAAGGACACAUGCUUUGUUGUUUCGAACAUUACUCUGACGUCUUUGCUUAAUUUGGACUUUAUUGUAAAUUAUUUGGUUCCCAAAAGACUCUCCGUUUUAAAUAUAUAUUAUAAUUAUAAAUCGAAAAUCAAUUUCAUAAUAAGCUCCAAAGGGGUGUUAACAAUCAAUCUUGAUCUGGAAGUUUUCAGAACUAUAGGAUUGUCAAACUGUAAUAUAACACAUCGCAACGAAGAUGAGUCUGUGACUUUGGAAAUAAAUUUACUGGACACAUCGUAUUUGAAACCUCAUUCGAGGCUUUACGAACGUUUACUAUUUAGUUUAUCAAAGAUAUCGCCAUCAACUGUGAUCAUUUUAUCGGAAAUUUUAAACUCUAUGGAUUUGAACGAGCUUAGAACAUCUCUAAAGGCGGGUCAAGAGGUUACAAUUUCUCCCUGUCGUACUAAUGUUGAGCAUUUUAGGGUCCCCCUGAACCACAAGGAAUACUCUCUAAAGUUCUUUAGUGAAAACAUUGAGAAGUUAGUUGAAGAACAGAGCCAUGAAUUAAACGGAAGUUGUGGAAAACGUCUUAAAACUGAUACUGAUAACGAUGAUUUGGAACAUAGAUAUGAGAAAAUGGAAAGUCAGAGAGAGAUUUUGGUAAAGGUAUUUAGCACAUUGAAAAAGAAACCGUUAAAAAGCAAGCAAGUGAUUAAGGACAUGAUCCACGAACUGAAUAGGAAGAAUUUAAACGAAUUUUCAGAAAAGAAAACACCAAUACACAACCUUAUAUCUUUCAUAGAUCACAUAAACCUCGAAAGUCUCAAGGUUGGCUCCUGUAAUUUCUCUAAUUCAAACGAUACCGAUCAACAAAACGCAGUUAACAACACAGAAACAUAUGAGUUGUUGAAAUUAAAUAAUGGUAUAAUAUCAAACGAGUAUUCAUUUAAUCUGUUAAAGGAAGCAUGGGUGUUGCUGAGGGAGGUGGGACUUGUAAUAAUAUCAUUGUACUAUAUAAAUGGGAAGAAGGUUGGAUGUGAGUCACUUUCAAAAGGUAAAGUUUUAGGAUUCUAA